GAAAAGGUGAGACCCUCACGUUUUCCCUCUCUUUCUGAUUUCCAAUUCGUCGGAAACGGAAAGUGUUUGAGAAUCAAGCACGGAGAAAGUCAGCAAUCCCUCGCCUGAGAAUUCCUGAAGGUCUCCCUCCGAUGGCGGAACUGAAGCGGCUCCGGUCAUCCCUCCAGUCCUCAGCAGAGGACUUCCUCGCCGCCGUCGCUAAGCUCAACCUCAAGUCCUCCAAGCCCACGCUCAAACCCCUAAUCCACUCCAUCCCGCAAUCUUCUGCCCUCUCUUCCGCUCUCCCUCUCGCUCUCCAGCGUUCUGUCCCCGAGACGAUCCUCUCGUUCAAAAACAUUCGCGAAAAAUCUCCCAUUUCCAGCCCCAGCACCUCCAAAUCACCUCCCUCGAAACGGCUCCGCCGGUCAGCGCGUAACUCCAAAACCGUAGAAGAGCCCAGUCCCAGCAGCGAGGGACCCAGUGUCGACCAGCGGAGGCAGAAGAUCCUGGAGCGCCUCCAAGUCCUCGCUCAUGUUAUGGUUCUGUGCGUCUCAAGCCCGAAGAAGGCUUUUGAAGUGGAGCACUUAUUGCCUGCGGUGAAAGCACUGCACGACAAUCUGAUCCUCUUUGAAUCGGAUUCAGUCUUAUCGGCAGAGAUCGUGAGCUUGUGUGAGGAGUGGUGGAAUGAAGAUUUGCCCGAGCGAGUGUCGCUGAUAUCACAGUUUCUGCCAUUUCUAGUCUCGAGGUCCCUGGCUCUGAAGAAGAAGGUCGACGUGCAUAGAGUGUACUCGCUGCGUGAGGCAUUUACUCUGUUUGAUUUCGAGGACGAGAGCAUCGAGGAUCUGAAGCUGCUGUUGAUCAGGUGUGUGAUUGCGCCGGUUUAUUUGAAGACGGAGGAUGGGAUAAAGUUUGUGGCCUUCUUAUUUGGGUUGAGCGACCAGCUCAUGAAGGAAGCUUUGGCGAUAAUAAGAUCUCAAAUUCCAUUUGGCAAAAAAUCGAUGCUGGAGGCUUAUGGAGAUAUAAUUUUCCGGGUGUGGAAGGGGGUGGAAGGAGAUGCAAGAGAUGCGAUAGAGAAUUGCUUCUUGCAGGGGUUGAUUGAAGGGGCUAUUCACGCUAGUUCCCGGGCUUUUGCAGCAUUCAUUAGGAGGGUCUUGGGAGGGUUUAUCAAUCAACGUACUGUUGAUGGGGUUGAGAAGGUUCUGUUUCGCCUCACUGAGCCUGUAAUUUUCCGGUCUCUACAGGUUGCAAAUUCAAAUGUUCGGCAUAAUGCGCUGCAUUUACUUUUGGACAUGUUCCCUCUAGAGGACCCUGAUUCAACGAAGGAGGCCAAGGACUCAUUACUCGAUAAGCAAUUCUAUCUGUUAGAGAAAUUGCUCUUUGACGAUUGUCCUGAUAUAAGAGCAGUUGCAGUUGAAGGAAGUUGUCGCAUCCUCCAUUUGUUCUGGGAGAUUAUUCCUUCGUCAACCAUUACAAAUAUUCUUACAAAAAUCUUUGAUGACAUGUCCCGUGACAUUUGCAAUGCUGUGAGGCUUUCCACGUUGAAUGGCAUUAAUUAUUUGAUGGGCAAUCCAGAGUCUCAUGAAAUUCUGAAGGUGCUUUUACCAAGAAUUGGUCGUCUGCUUAUGGAUAAUGUUCUUUCCAUCAGGGUCGCUGUAGCAGAUCUUCUCCUCCUUAUAAGAGAUAUCCGGGCUUUUCAGUUCAAUAAGGUGGUGGGGUUAGACUUAUUAUUACCGACUCUUGCAAAUGAUCAGCCACAAGUUGCUCAGAAAAUCACUAGAUUGCUUACACCAUCCUAUUUUCCCUCCAAUGUAACUUCUGAAGAGGCGUGCAGUCGGUGUGUAACACUUCUGAAGAGAUCUCCUGUGGCUGGAGCAAAGUUUUGUGAGUAUGUUGUUGCUGAGGUCCCAUCCGUGAAGUCUCUCAUGGAACUUCUCAAAGUACUUAUUAAUUUGGUUGUACAAUCUGAUGAACUAAAUGAAGAUCAGAUUGAGGGCUUCCUUUGUGCUGCUUCUCACCUUUGCAAGCAUUUUGUGAACGAGCCUCGUUACAAGAACACCCUUGAGGAAAUGUUUCACAGCGAUAGGCUGAAGCACUUGUAUUCUGUGGCACCAACUCCACUUGCUCAAUCCUCUGUGUUUAGCCUUGUCUCAGCCAUAUUCAUUGAUGAUGCAUCUGGGCUUAUUGAAGAGUGCAUGGGCACAAUAAUUAACUGUGUUGGCAUAAAUCAGAACGUUGAAAGGCAAGAUGAAGUGAGGGCUGCUCACAAGUUGUUGCUCUCUUGCAACAAGAUAGAUGAUGUGCUUGAAGCUUUUACAAAGCUACUGCAGAAAACAGCUUUUCGUUGCCAUAACAAAUUUGGUAUUGAGCUGCCAAAGCACAGUGUUUCCUCAAUCAAAAGGAAGAAAUCUCAUUCUACUGUCAAGCUUUCAGCUAAGUGGAAAGCUGGUGAGAAGAAGUCAUCCAACUUUGAGGAGGAUUAUUUGAUUGCUAUAGGAGUAGCCUGGCAAAUAAAGGACCUCCUUUCUGAUGAGAGCCCUCGGGCUGCUAUUCUGGGGUACCAAAACCUGGAGGCGCUCCUUUUCCCUUUGAAGGUCAUUGCCGAGGUCAGCAUGCUGGAGUGCUCGCAUUCUGAGUACAUGGAUGCAUACCCUGUCUUAGCUUAUACCUCUCUUGCUUUGCAUAUGAGCAUGAGAAACAGUGCUGCACAAGGUUUCAACAUAAGGAGGAGCGAUGGAGGCAGUGCUUCAGGAUCAUUCAUUGAGACAAUUCUGGAUCAGACAAUGGAUCACUUGCUGAACUGUGCACAGAAGCUGUUUGAAGCAUCUGACGCACAGCCAGCAACUUCUUCUCCAAAAUCUAAUGAGGAUCGCAGCAGAAAAACUCGUUCACGGGGAAAGAAAGACCGAAGAGCAGCAGCAGAUGUCUCUACAAAUAAUGAAGGUGGAGCUCUACAUGCUUCGGAAAGAAGCUCAUGCUUAAUGGCAAAGGAGGUGAUGAUGUUAACAACAAUUCUCAAGUUCAUCGUGGACACCUUCACAUUGGGAGUUGGUUGCUGCGAUUCUAAGAGGUGCUUGGACUUUACAGCAGCAUUUAUCCAGCACAUCUUGGCUUUUGGGCAAAAGUUUAGCGUUAUAUCCCGGUUGGAAGAGAAUGCAUUGAAGGAAACAAUUCUAUGCUUGAAAAGCACCUUCACCUUUGCACUGAAGUUGCUCAAUUUAGUCCUCAAAGAUCCCAAUGAAACCUUGAAACCGUUGCUUGAAGUUUUCAACCUUGCGAACUGUUUGCUUAAUCUGAUCACCUACAUUGAGUUACAGUUUGGAUCAGGUUAUGCAUCGAGUCUUCUCACAGCAUUAAAGCCUUGGCUUCCUGAUCUGAUCGUGGCUCUGGGGUCCGGAUAUUUGCUCAGGGAGACUCAGCAAGAUGCAUCUGUUUCAUUAUUUGAGCACAUUAAGUUAAAAUUCCCCUCAUGGUUUUCUGUGCUAGCAGAGAUUGUACUAGAGGAGAUUCGUGAAACCAGUUCAGAAGCAGAGGAAGUUGGGACUUCAGAGUCAGAGAAGCACUCGGUGCUCCAGAAGUUUAUUUCAAUGGCAGUUAAAAUGGUGGCAGAAAAUCGGAGCUUGACCGAUGCCAUUGGGGCUGUCCUUUUGGACGGUUCGGCCAUUGGGCUCGAGAGGAAUGACUGUGGGUUGGUUUUGGGGCUGAUAAGAUUUGUGUGUGUGAAGUUAGUUCGAGAAGAAGAUCGGCAUUGGGGCACAUUUGACAUGAUGCUGGCUUCUCUAUGUAGGAUUUUCCCACAGAUUGAGAAGCGACUUGAAGAGGGAAGCAGCCAGGGUGGGCAGGAGAAGUUGAGGGCUGCACUCGCUUUGCUCGAACCAGUUUGGACAUAUCAUUUGUAUGAGAGUGGGAGAUUAUCAGAAAUGGAAGAAGAAUAGAUCGGCUUCGUAAUCCCCUGCCACACUGUGGUACGACCAAGACUAUAUCCUUGACGAUCUGCUGGUGUUCGUUCUUUGCAUUUCUGAAAACAAUAAUUAGCCGUUGAAUUGCUGAACUCCGGUUUGAGCAGCAGUCUACCAGAGCGAUGCUGAUCCGAUGGAUGGAGCCAUUUACCAUAUCUGACCAUGUAUUAAAGAGAAUUCCAUAUAUCUCAUUCCCUGUCAAAGGGGUUCUUGCCCGGAGUUGCUGUCAGCUCUACGCCUGGAGAUGAACCUCAUAUCAUGUGCUGAGGUUUAUGGACGCGGAUCGGGUUGUCAAUCAUUAUGUAUAAGAGUUUUUCUUGAUGAGGCAAGUAUUGGCUGUGCAGUCUGAUGAGGAAGAUUACUCGGCGAUGUUACGGCCUGCAGAGGAUUCCUGGAUUCCUAUCUUAAGCACAAAAUUCGGCUCAAGUUGUAAGCCGGAGAUAUGUAGGUGCAGGUGAAUAGAUGCCAUGAUCGCUCAGGCGACUGGAUUGUUGUACUUUCAUGAAGAACGCAGGCUCCACCUCUUCCGUUUUCGGCGGAACUCUAGCGCUUAAGCCUCAGGCUGCAAUUGGAUGGUCUCUUGAUGCAACACUGCUGGCGCUCAAAAGAUUCCUGUGGAAGCCAUAUAAGUCACGUCCCUUUUCAGCACUCGAUUUUCCAUUAUGGAAAUUAUGCAUUGUAUGUGUAAUGCUGUCGUAGGAUCACUUUGAACUUGAGAAAGACAAUUGCAGGGCCAAAUCAAACGAUCAAUCUAACCCUACGAUAUUGAACUGA